AUGUGUGCUACCGUGCUGUUCUCACAUGGUCGUGCUGUUCUUUUCAAGUGGCCCGUUUUGUGUGCUAUUGUGCCCCGACGCCGCAUUGCCUACAAGUUUCGCGAGCCCACGGGCAUGCCUUCAGGCGUGGGCAAGACAGCUUCAGAUUGCAAGCUGGGGAUGGCGCCUCGCAAACGAAAUUCUCCCGAAAGGCACAGACGCACGAGAGAAGCCACGUUGCUCGAGAUUCCUUUCAGCAUCAGACAGCACCCGCUGCAGCAGAUUUGGCCGAAAGGUGCUUUGGUACUAGACAGAGAACCUCCGGCGGAGGAGGACGUGACCGUGACCCGACGAGAUCUCCACGGCAAUGAGUGGCAGGCGACCACCCUGGCGCGCCAAGACCGAAGCGUGGCAGAAAUCAUCGCUGCAGAGUGGUGCUUAAACGCACAUAAGGUGGUCCACAAAACCAGGUACAGCUAUGUGUACUGCAAGUGCGACAGGCAGCCUCCCUGUGGGAUGGUUGUAAAGUACACACUUUUGGGACAAGAUGUCCGCCGCGAGAGCAAGAGCGAGCAUGUUCUUAGCAGGAAUCUCCGAGAAACGGUCCGUGAAGUGGCCGAAAUGCCUUCGAACCCAGCUGCUUCACUGGUGGCAUGGUCACAAAAGAACCCUGAUGUGGCAGAUGCUGAUAUCCCAACGCGCAGCCAGGUCAGCCGACGGAAGUCCUUGCAACGGGUUCGCCACCACGAAAACAGCACUCUGGUAACUCAUUUGCAGGAGCGGGAGGCCACCAAAGACUGGGAAUUUGAAAUCCUGGCAGAAAACUUGGCCCAAGGCAUAAUCUGCUUCUCUUCAGAGCUCUAUGUGAAUGUUUUUCAGCAGCACAAAGAUGCUAUCACAAAGCACGGGCUGCGGUUGGGGUGCGAUGCCACUCACGAUAUUUCGAACUCCAAGGUAAAGCUUUUUGCGUUGGGGUGGCUUGCACAACAUGCUGACGGUGGUGUCAUCCGCAACACAUUCAUUCCACUGGCCUUUGCACUGGCACCGUCAGAAGACAGCGCUGCAACCCUGCUGCUGCUGCUGCUGCUGCUGCUGCUGCUGCUACUGCUGCUGCAGAGCACCGAUGCACACUUGCAGGAAGCAUGCGGGUUCACGUUGAAAGAUGCGAAAGUAGCUCACCUGGACGGAGGCACUGGCCUUGUGAAAGGAUUCCAGGACUACUUCGGAAGCGCACUGCCUUUGGCCAGAAGUUUGCAGCACAUCAAAAGGAACAUCCAAAAAGAAGGUGUCAAGAAACUGCGGAGUACAAGCUGGUGGGAUACCGUGCAACGCUGGGUCAGCUUCAGUGCCUUCCUCCGCAGUGACUGCUUGUUUGAUCGUUUCUGGCACCAUUCCUUAGCUAUCCUGAGGCGGCAGGGUGAAGAAAUGUUCGAAACAUACCUCGCCUCAGACAUACUGAGCCACGUGUGUGGGAAAUGGACAGGUUCGUGGAGAGCCGGCCUGCUGGAGCCGGGAUAUGGGCCGUACGCUUUGAACUCCGUGGAUUCGUUUUUCAAAGUCCUGGACCACCAUGUGCCGGAGGAGAAACUUCUAAGCCUCAUGGAUGUUGUCUCCAAGUAUGAGCAUGUCGGGCGGAUUUUCAAAAAUGAAAAGAAGUGGUCUAAUUUGUGCCUUGCUGUCUCCACGCUAUGCACACCCGCCAUCUUAGGCGACACCCCCAACAACUUGAGCGAACGCCUGGAACAUUUCCAUGGAAAACAAGUUCGCCGUAUGAGUGUGGCUGGCAUCAAACGGGUGGUGGAGAGCGGUGCAAACAUCCGGUUGGAAGUUGGUGCAACGGCAUCGGUCUUCUGCAAGUAUCACCCCGGCGAUUUCGAUGAGCAGAAGAUGCGAAUGCUGGCCACCUUGGAAAUGACAGAAGAUAUAGAUGAGGUGGACGCAUGCCUCCUGGCCCUGAAAGCACUAACGAAGCGGAUGGAAUUCAUUUCCACCCGUUCUUUGCCGGACCCACGGUCCGCGGAAGCCACACUGGCAGAAUGCUUCGCGUUGGAUCCACUGGAGGUGGCAAGUGCAGAGGGGGAAACUGCCGCUCCUGGCACCUUGCCAGAAGUCGCAGCGCGCUUCGCAAUCAUGAUUGAGGAGGGCAUUUUGCCCGACACCACCCAGGAGAUGCGAAGAUGCAAUGUGCGCGCCCAGGGUACCCAAUACGGGGUGCCCGAGGGAUUGCCAGAAGCACUGGACUACGGGUAUAUCCACCCGAACCUCCCGGCGCCACCAGGGAUGGUAUGCAAGCGCACCGCGUACAAAACAAUGCAGCUGGUAGCACGUGGAGGCGAAGAGGAUUUGCGCUCGACCGACAUGUUCUUCAAGAAGACCCUGUGCAUCUGGAACGAGAAGGGCAAAUGUCGCAAUGGAGAACAGUGUCGCUUUGCCCACGGGGUCGGCGAGCUUCGCCUCAAUACCAAGACCUCGGAGAAAGCGGUGCUGGAGGAGGACGAUGGCAAGGAGAAGGACAACCUGAACAUGAACGAGGAGCCCUGA